ACGAGUUGCAGGUUUUAGGGUGGCUGCUCUGAUCUGGAUUUGCAUGCAUAUAAUCCUGCUGCUGUUCACAAGGGGGUACUAGAUUGUCGGAUUAAAGUGUACCCCUGAGACAAUGACUUCGCUUCCAGCUUUAAGGGAUGUUUAUUCCACCACUUCCUUAACUAAAGAGGAUAGUCCAGUUUCACUGGUUGCCGACCGCUCAGCAACUACUGGACAGGUUAAAGUGUCUAGGCUUCCUUUUAGCGUGGAAGCUCUAAUGUCAGACAGAAAGACUAAACAUGAAACGUUUUAUGGGGAUGGCCCUGGUGCGAGUACGACGAGGCAUCUACACAUUCCUCAGGUAUCCAGGGAGACUCCGAGUCCAGUAGGGGCACCCAGUGCUUUUGAUGUUACUGCGGUAAAGCUGGAGAAUGCAGAACAAGAGGAAUGUGUGUCACCGUGGGCAAAGGACGACAGCUUCUCUCCAUCUCCAAGACAUCUGAGUCCGACAACGUGUCCCUUGAGAAAGCACAAAACCAACAGAAAACCCAGAACUCCUUUUACUACCUCUCAGCUGCUCGCACUGGAACGCAAGUUUCGUCAGAAGCAGUACCUCUCUAUUGCAGAGAGAGCAGAAUUUUCAAGUAAUCUCAAUCUCACAGAGACACAAGUGAAAAUAUGGUUCCAAAACAGGAGGGCCAAGGCCAAAAGACUCCAGGAAGCAGAACUGGAAAAGCUAAAAAUGGCUGCAAAACCUAUGUUGCACCCAGGAUUCAGUUUACCUUUUGCUCUGAAUUCCCCUAUCCAAGCAGCCUCACUAUAUGGACCUAGUUAUCCCUUUCAUAGACCUGUUCUUCCCCUCUCACACGUGGGACUAUAUGCUACACCAGUUGGAUACAACAUGUAUCAUUUAUCAUAAGACUAUUUUAUGUUACAGACUCCAAAAACAUUUUGAUGGAUGGUACUUUUCUUUGUUGAGAAAAAAAAUAUUUCUUGCUCAUUUCUGUGCAGUCAGGUCUUUAGAAAAUGUUCACUGAAAGGACUUGCUGAACUCUGCAUUGGAUAGCUACAUAUUUUCAUGUGUUUUCACAUGUUGAGAAGUUCAAAUUCUGAAUAAACAUACUUUCUUUUUUUAAUUCAGCUUGAAUAUAAAUGGGACAUUUAAGGUUUUUAGUUAAUGCUCUGGCAUAUUGAACUUAAGAGCACAUCUAGUUCAAAUCAUAUAUUCUGGCACUCUUUCUUUUAAUAAAAAAGUCCUACUAACGUAACAUUUUUCUUUCCUGUUAAUCCACAUGGUUAUUAGUACAAUGCAUAUGAAAUUUGCUGAUUUGGUAAGUGCAAACAAUCAUCACAAGAAUAAGGAAUACAUUGACAGGCGUAUUGGAUAUGGCAUAAUUGAUAAGGUUGGUACUUCCUCGACACAAGGUACAAGGUCUGAUUCUAACCUUUGCUUAUUGGCUAGGCUUCAAAUAACCAUUCAGACCAAGUUGUCUAAGAUGCUAAAUUUUAUUUGGAUGAAACAUAAGGGAAAAAAUAAUCAAGGGGAUAACCAUGUUAAUUACUAUUCCAAAAACAUGUUUUUUAUCCUCGUAUCAUAAACUUUAUUAUAAGAAAGUAAUGGGCUUGAAAGUAUGGGAGGCUUUUAACAUUUGGUCUCUUAGCAUUAUAGCUGUGCAAUGUUCAAUGCAUAAGGACAGCAUAGUAACCAAGUGUUACACGCACAACAAAGGCUGAAUUGUAGCACGUUUUAAAAAUAAAACAGUUCAGUAUGCAUUUCAAACAGUAUAUGUAGUAGAAGGUUUCAGGGUAUGAGAACAAACUGAAACAGAGCCAAAAACUGGAAAUAGCAUGGAUGUUAAUCAGAAAUUCACUCAUAGCAUAAGCCAUGGGACAAGGGUGUAGAUAGGCAUACUCAGUGUACUGACAUGAGUACAUUUUUUUCUGAGCAUUUCUUGCAAAUGUCAACACUCAAAAAGCACAGAAUAUGUAGAACUGUGUAAAUGAAUAUUCACAGUAUAGUGGUACACAAAGAAUUCUUGUACAAAAGGAAUAUACCUCUAAAACUAGCUUUUUAUGGAAAUAAAUUGUAACAGUUGAAAAUAAUGUUUCUUCCCAUGUAUCUGGGGGUAGCAUUUUGAGGGCUGAGUACAUUGUUAAACUGAAAAGUGGGUUGUGGGGGCAGCAACAUUAGGUUUGAGUACAAAAUCUAAAUCUCUGGCUACACCCCUGCCAUGAGAGUUAGUUUUAUUGUAUUCAUUAUGUGUCAGUGUAGCUCGGUUGCAAUGCAGACAGUUGCAUGACCAUAAGGGUAAUAUACAAAGUCAUUAAACAUUUAAGAAAAAUCUUUAGUAGACAGAUUUAAGGAUAUGUGAAGAAAAUUUCCAGUACUUUUUUCAGUGUAUGUUGACAUACUAAGAAAUUGAGGCAUUUACAAUUAUUAACAGUGAUUUAAUUGUGUUUUUGGUAAUUAUCCCUUUUUAACUACUUCCUGAAAGCAAUGUAAUUUGAGGGGUGUGGCAUACUGAAUGUGUCUGAGCUUGCUAAGAAACUGAAAUGCAGAGUUUUGGCUUAAAAAGAUAUUAUGGAACAAUAGUGUGUACGUUUUCCAUUGCACCCUCCCUUUGACAGGGAUGUUAUAUGCAAUUUUUAUAUAUUUUAUUGAAGAGUUACUUCAUAUAUCUCAUCUUAAAUUAAAAACAUGUUUACAUCUCAA